AUGAGCUCGCCGCCCAGGUCGCCCCCUACAACUCGGGCGUCAUUCUCCUCUUCCACAAGUCGUCACAACAUCCCCAACGUCAAACACCAAUACCACCAUCACCUAAAUCGCCCCGAUAACCCACACUCCAGCGAUCCUUCUACCGCGCUAUCAAUAUCGCGGAUAGGCUCAGGGUCGUCGGGAUCUCCGCCGUCAUCGGCCGUGCAAACUCCUCCACAUCUGCCCCAUCUUUCGGGCUCUUCCGCUACAUUUGCUUCCCUGUCGCGACACCACCUCUCGUUGUCGAGUAACGGCCCUGAAGACCCGGCAGCAGCGGCAGCGGCGGCGGCUGCAACCAGUUCUCGGCUGGCGGGAUUGGGCUCGGGAAUGUCAAUAGGUGGUAGUGGUGGCAGCAGCAGCGGAGGUUCAAGUUCUGCUGGGUCUGGUCCUGGGCCCGUCAACGGAGUUGUAUCGCAUGGUCUUCAGUCAAUAGAGAGUCUCAAAGAGGUAUUUGCCCUCGGUGCCGUAGACUUUCUAGUUCUGUCCGUCCUCGCUGUCGUUACUGCUGCUGCUCUGGCAAGGUGGACGGUUCGGAUUCUAACUACUCCGAAGGCAGUGAUGCGAUCGCAAAAUCGGGCACGGGAGCGUAGUCGCCUCCACCAUGCCACAUUCGCCUCCAACUCGCCGCCACUAUCUACCGCCGAGAAUUCUCCACAAGAGCUGCUGCACAACACAACCAAGCCGACAACAACAACGGCGACAACCGCAACUGCAGCAACAACGUCGUCGGCCGCAACGUCAACAACAAUAACCACCACAACGCAGGCAUCCCCGUCCUCGUCGUCGAGACUUCCAUCAGCCUCAGCAGCGGCCGUACGGUCAUCUCAGCCGUCGAAGCUAAACCAAUACUCCUCGACCGCCGAUGUCCCCGCGCAGACUCGCUCGUACACACAGAACAGUUCCUCCCCCGCGAUGAUGUCUCCGGCGUAUCCGUUUCCGCAGAUGAGUCGAAUGAGGAGCGUAUCCUCCUCCACGAUCGGUGCCUCGUUUAAUUCCCCUGGUAUUGGUCCGUUAGACAAACUGCUGCCUUCGGGUGCCCCGACGCCAGCAUCCGUGGCGUUCCACCCCCCGGGCUCGAAUCCCGCCUCAACCUACGAGAAUCCGGAUUUCCCGACCCCGAACAUGUACGAUCUGACGUUACUGUUGCACUCGGAGCCCGGCGUCGAGGCGUUCUGGAGCAACGUGGUCAAGAUCGCCACCAUGUGCUACAAGGCGGAGAGGGUUACAUUGGCGGUGCCGUCGGAUUCGACGGAUCUGGAAAACACGCCCUGGGGCCAGAAGGCAACAUUCAACAUGGCAGAGGACGAUAAACUAUCUCUGACCUACAUGGGAGAUGACCGAGGUCGGGUAGGUGAUCCUGACGGUGGGGAUUAUUCGGAGGAGGACGAUGCAUUUCAAGGUGUGGCAAUCCCUAAGGAAGAAGAGCCACCCCCUAAUGUGUCUGUGGAACAAGCUGGUGGACAGAUGAUGACGAUGGACUGCACGAGAGAGAUGGAUCUGGACACGACAACAGAGCCGGUACAGAUCGAUACGAGUCUGGAUGGUCCGUUCGGACCGGUGACCGUCGAUAUGCAGGACUCGCCCCCGGACGCUACCAACAACUCUGAUUGGAUAUCGGUCACAAGCGGUGCGUCACCCAGAGAGGGUCCGGAAUCUCCGGCGGGGGGGAUCGAUGCGGCGCAAGCACCGGAGCAGGAUAAGACAUUCUGGUCGGAUGAGAGCGAGGUCAAGGGGAGGGUGUUUCCCACGCUCCAGCCAUUGAACUACGAGGCGGAUGCGCUGCUGGAUGAGACGGGGGUCAGCAGGGUUCUGCAACGUGGAAAGACGGUAGUCCUGAGCAGGGAAUACCGUGACGUGAAGACGCAUCUCGAGGAGAAGGAGAAGAAGAGGCGGAAGGACAUGGAGAGCACGAAAUCGUCACCGUCAAAUUCUUCGUCCGAUGGAAAGAUGCCGCCCCCGACCGCCGGUAUCCAAGCGACUAUGGGUUUGGGGAAGCUCGACAUGCCGACUUCGCCUUUCCGGGCGCCUUCGCAGCCUCCGACGCCGUUGUUCUUCGUCGGUAAGGGAGGCCGAAGGAGGAGAAAGCCGUCGUCCAAAGACAACUACGCCCACAAUCCGGUGCUGCAGUACUAUUCGACGCAGCAGCACUUGCACCACGUCCAAUCCCGAGCUCAAUCGCCUAAUCGAGCGUCUUCUUACGAGGAGUACGAGCAGCCCAUCACUUCUCCUUGGAGCCAGUCCCCCGCUCCUUCCCCGGCCCCCCGACCCGACUCUUCGGAGAACCCCUUCUUCGCAUCGCCGCCAAAGGUCGAUGAAGAGACGUUCAAUCCAGCCACCAAUAGCCCUGUUUAUUCCGCCCAAGAACCCGUGAAUGCAAUAGGUUGCGAAAGUUCGUGGACGGUUAUCCACAUACCGCUCGUUCAUCCGAGCCAGUCCAAAGGCCUCAACCUGGGUGGUAAUACGACAGAUGCCGCGGCGGGUUCCACUGGGCGGAUGUUCAACGCCACAAGCAUUUCGAUGGAUGAUAUCGGCAGGCAACAGAAGAAGAAGGCGCCGAUUGCUAUUCUGUCGAUGCUGAGCCCUGUCAUUCCUUACCCAAGCAAUCUCAUUCACUCCCUCUCUCAUUUUGCCCCACUAGUCGCGACAGCUUUCUCAUUGGCCAGCACACACUCGAGUGUACUGAGUCAACUCAAUUCGUUCAGGAAGAAGCGCACAUCCCGGAGACCGGGGAUUCCGCGACAGCUCUCCUACAUGUCCGGGGGGUUCGCAUCGCCGGAUACCUUGCGAGGGAGUGUAACCAGUCCGUCGGACAGCAGCAGUGCUUUUACCAUCUCGAACGUUGCCAGUCCGAUGUGGGACAACGCUUCUGCCGGCACCGUCAGCCAUGGACCCUCCGGCAAGUCCGAGACCAGCCAGUCCGUUACACCCUUCAGUCCUCUCAGUGGCGGUGGUGAUGACGGUUAUUUUCCCAGAAUCAGACAACCGCCGAUCUUUAGUCGCCAACACAGCGGAGCAGUGCCAUCGGUGGUGCCGAAAGGCGAGGAUCCGGAGUCAUAUACCAGUCUCGAAGCCCGAUUACUCAUGCGGGGAGAUGAAGAGCUGCUGACGAACGAUAAAGGCAAAGAGAAUGGUUACUUUCCUGAACCACCCGCCCACGCCGCAAACAACACCACCGCCAUUCCGAAGAAAUCGACUUUCAUACGUCCGCUGCCUCCCAUGACGGUCCCCGAUUCGGAUGAAACGACCCCGACUCAGAUGUCUCAGGAUAAGGGAAAACAGGUUGAAAACAACAACAUUGUGCCUCCUUCAGUUCCAGUCCCGGCCCAAGGUCAGGCCCAAACUUCGACAGAACGCAAGCCACGAAACACGGUGAGGCAAAGGAGAGUAGGUGCGAGUCGCGGUCACUCAUACCUUCAUUCUUACGGCGCCGAUUAUGCGACCACUUUCCAGUCUUUGGGCACUGCUGCUUUUGUUUCCGGUAGGCGGAGCGGUUCGGCCCGCAGAAGGGCGGACCACCUGAACAUCCAUGAGAUGCCCCCUCCAUCGAACCGGCUUCUGCGAACGAUUAUUGACUCCAUUCCGGUCCAUGUAUUCACCGCCAUCCCAGGUACAGGGGUAAUCACUUGGGUCAAUGCGCGGAUGCUAGCGUACAGAGGUACAACGGCCGAAAAUUUCAUGAAGGCUCCGUGGGAUGCUUUGCACCCGGAGGAUAGGGAUGAGUAUCUUCGCCGUUGGGGAAUCGCUAUUCGGAAAGGAGAGCCCUUCUCUCACCAAAUGCGCGUACGACGGUUCGAUGGCGAUUACCGGUGGUUUAUGGUUCGAGCAGUGCCCUUGAGAGAUCAGCGAGGGAUCAUCGUUCACUGGUUUGGUACAAAUAUGGACAUCCACGACCAGCGGCUAGCCGAAGUCAAUGCAGCGAGGCAAGCAGAGAUGGCCGAGAGUGAGCAUAAGUACAGGAGCCUGGCGAACUCGAGUCCCCAGAUUGUGUUUGCCGCCACGGCCAAUGACGGAAUCACCUUUGCCAACACCCAAUGGCUCGGAUACUCCGGUCAGACAUUGGAGGAAGCCCUCAGACUCGGGUUUAUGGAAUAUGUGCAUCCAACCGACAGACAUAAAUGUUGUUUACCCGGCAAUGGUUCUCCCUUUUCCGGUUUCUCGGAUGGUGACAAAACUUCAUUUCCCGACCAGGGCAGGAGGUACGGCCAUGAAUGGUCUGGUGGGGCGGGCAAAGGGAUGGGCAAAACGGAGAUGGACGAUGACAAGCCGACAUUCUCGACCGAGCUCCGGCUAAAGGACAAGCAUGGUGAUUACCGGUGGCACCUGGUUCGAUGUGUCAGUGUGGAUUCGAAUGCCGACAACGCGGAGGGACUCUGGUUCGGGACGUGCACGGACAUUAACGAUCACAAGCUCCUGGAGCAAAAGCUGAAGGAAGCCAACGAGGCGGCGCAAAGAACUAUGGACAGCAAGACUCGGUUCCUCGCGAAUAUGAGCCACGAAAUUCGAACACCUCUGAUCGGCAUAUCGGGAAUGGUCACUUUCUUACUGGACACACCGCUGAAUGGAGAGCAACUCGACUAUUGCCACACCAUUUCCCAGAGCUCCGAUGGUCUAUUGAGCGUCAUCAAUGACAUCCUGGAUCUUUCCAAGGUUGAAGCCGGCAUGAUGCGGUUGAAUCCCGAAUGGUUCCGGAUGAACUCAUUGGUCGAGGAUGCUCAUGAACUUCUCAGCACAAUGGCUAUCGCUAAGGAUCUGGAGUUAAAUUUCAUCGUGGAUACCGAUGUUCCACCUGUUGUGUGCGGUGAUAGGGUCAGAUUGAGGCAAGUGUUGCUCAACAUCAUAGGGAAUGCGAUCAAAUUCACCAGCAAAGGCGAAGUAUUUUCGAGAUGUUCGGUCGUCAAGACGGCGGAGGGCCUCAAGGAAGACGAAGUCAUGCUCCAGUUCGAAUGCCAUGAUACUGGCCCGGGCUUUGAUACAAAGGAUGAGGAGUACAUGUUCAAGCCUUUUAGCCAGAUCGACGGUUCUAGUACACGGGCGCACGGCGGUAGUGGCUUAGGCUUGGUUAUUUCGCGACAGCUGGUCGAGCUUCACGGUGGAAAACUCACUGCCCGGAGCGAGAAGGGCAAGGGAUCGACUUUCGUUGGGAGCGCCAAGUUCAAGGUCCCCACCGCACCUUCGGAGACCACCCUUACUCCUGGAAGCAUCAGCGCACCUUCUCCCGGUGGAGCUCUCCCGAACACUCUCGAGCAUGUGAUGGAGUCGGACCGUUUCGUCGACUCGCCGCCAGCCCUUUCGCACACGGAAGAAUCGACUCCGUCCACAAUUUCGCCGUCGAGUGCCGCUGCUUCGAUUCGGUCCAUCGCAUCGGGGCAUCCGGACAUGCCGAACGACUCUCCUCUGCGACAAUAUGCGAUUCCUUCGCCAACGGAUCCUGCUUCGAUGCGACUGUCCUUGCCCAGCGAGGCUCAACAGAAGUACAACGACUCGCAGGAUUCCCGUCCCCAUACGGUCGAGAAGCAAGCCUCGGUUGAUGCGGCGAUCGGCAAAGCUGCGAUUCCCCCCAUGUUCUCCAUCCUGAUAGUGUCCCAGCAACCCUUCAGUCGCAUAGCAAUAUCGCACCACAUCAAGGUCACAUUGCCGAAGAAUAUCCCUAACCAGAUCACCUGUGUCGAGAAGUUUUCGGAAUGUCGCGAGCUCAUAGCCGGCGACGAUCCUGUGGUGUUCACACACCUGGUAAUCAGUCUCCCGGAUCACUCGGAGAUAAUCAACUUGAUUUCACGGCUUCUCGAGAAUCCGAUUCAUUCGCAGACGACCGUUCUGGUGCUGACUAACCCUACGCAAAGACAAGCGAUCCUUCAGAAUGCGCCGGAGGCGUGUGACCAAUUGGGAAUUCGGCUGCAGUUCAUCUACAAGCCGAUUAAACCCAGUCGUUUUGGGGAUGUCUUUGAUCCAGCAAAGGAACGGGAUGCCUCGAUGGACCGGUACCGGGACUCGGCCCAGCAGGUUGUGGAGACUCAGAAGAGGGUCUUUAGCCGGCUGGAGCAUGAUGUUGGAAAUAAGGGAUACAAGGUUCUACUGGUGGAGGAUAACAGGGUCAACCAGAAAGUUCUUCUCCGUUUCCUGGAUAAAGUCGGACUACAGGUGGAAACGGCGAGCGACGGCGAAGAGUGUGUUGAGAAGGUCUUCUCGAACCCGCCGGGCCACUACGGCUUGAUCUUGUGCGACCUCCACAUGCCCCGGAAAGAUGGUUUCCAAGCGACAGCGGAGAUACGGCAGUGGGAGAAGGAGAGGGGGUUGGACCCUGUGCCCAUAGUUGCACUAUCGGCAAAUGUCAUGAGUGACGUCGCCGAUAAAUGCACUCUGGCGGGGUUCAGCAGAUAUGUGACCAAGCCGGUCGACUUCAAGGAACUUAGUAUGACCAUCAAGGAGUUGCUACCGAGCGCGGAUCACGCAUCACCGGGAAGUCCCCACUGCAGGGAUAGGGAGAUCGAGGACUUGAAGGAAAGGGACAAGAGAGAGCUGGAGGAGGCGGAGGCACAGAAGAUGAGGGACCAGGAGGCUGUAGACAUUGUGCAGGAGAUCGAGCGGCAGCGGGCCAUCGUCGAGCCGUCCUCGCCGCGGUCGCCACGGGUGCCGAUAUCACCGCGGGUAUUCGUCAGUGAGCAGCCGCGGGAGCGGGAGCACCAGCGGCAGCGGACGCGCGGCGAGGGCGAUGAAAGAGCGGAGCGGGACAGACACAGGCAGAGGUGA